CGAUUGCGUGUAGCGUCGCCUCAUGUCCCCCUCAUACGUGUCAUCAUCUCUGGCCCCCUUUCUCCUUCAUUUUAUUUCACACAAUCAUCAUUCUCCAUUCUCCAUUAACACACAUACACACAUUUUCACAUUACUACUGUGUGUGUUUUCAACAAUGCUCAUGGAUUCCGAAGACGGAGAUGCUAACCACGUUGACUCGUCGGAGAUUUCGUCAGCGAGUUCAACGGUUUCAUCGAUAUUUAGCAGCAGCGAUGUCGACGUUUCCAGCAAUCUCUCCAUAACCAGCAGCUCCUCCGGCGAGAUUUUAGCUGCGGCGGUGGUGCCGCUUACGUUGACGACGGUGGAACAUGAAGGUGAAGAAGGAGGAGUAGGUAGGAAGUUGAAGAAGUGCGUUGGGAGGAAUAAGGGAGUCGCUUGGGGGUUUAGGUCUGUAAUCGGACGGCGGAAGGAGAUGGAGGAUGCGGUUGCGGUGGUGCCGGGAUUCAUGUCGCAUACGUGCGAUCGCGUCGGAGGAUGUACGAAUCCUGGUUCUGGAACCUCCGUCGAGAUCUCUCCGAUUCAUUUCUUCGGCGUUUACGAUGGCCAUGGUGGAUCACAAGUGGCGAAAUUCUGUGCGGAGCGAAUGCACGAAGUGAUAGCAGAAGAGUGGGAUCAAGAAGCAGCUAACGGCCGUAAAUGGAAACAAAGAUGGGAGUCGGUGAUGUCCAGUAGCUUUGAAAGGGCCGACAAUGAAGUUUUAUCAGAAGCUGCAGCACCUGAAAUUGUCGGAUCCACCGCAGUUGCGGUGGUGUUAUCCGGUUGCCAAAUCAUCGUAUCCAACUGUGGUGAUUCCCGAGCAGUGCUUUUCCGUGGCACGGAAUCCAUCCCUUUAACAGUUGAUCAGAAGCCCGAUAGAGAAGAUGAACUCUUGAGAAUCGAAGAACAGGAUGGCAAAGUCAUAAAUUGGAAUGGAGCAAGAGUAUUUGGAGUCCUUGCCAUGUCACGAGCGAUUGGUGACCGAUACUUAAGACCGUGGAUAAUUCCAGUACCUGAAAUAACAUUCACAACAAGAACCGAUGAAGACGAGUGCUUGAUAAUAGCAAGUGAUGGGCUUUGGGAUGCGAUGUCAAACACUGAGGUGGGUGAGGUGGCUCGUCGGAUUUUGCGGCGGCGGCGGCGGUCUGCCGCUAGUGAAGUACCGGCGGCGCAAAUCCUGGCUGACAGCCUGAUUGAGAUAGCUGUGGGAAGAAAUAGUUCAGAUAACAUAUCGACAUGCUGA